AUGGUUGAAAAGGCAAAGAUAAUAAGCGUGAUUGGUGAACAAAGAGUUAGUAACACAACCGAUACUUGGACAUCGAUCCAAAACAUAAAUUACAUGGUUGUAACGAUCCACUUCAUGGAUAGUGAUUGGAACUUGCACCAAAGAAUAAUUAGCUUCACAAAGAUCACUAGUCAUAAGGGCAUUGACAUAGGAAAAACCCUAGAUGCAUGUUUGACGGAUUGGGGCAUACACAAAGUGUUCGCAGUUACCGUUGAUAAUGCUUCUGCCAAUGAUGGGGCGGUUGAGUACAUGGCACAAAGCCUAAAGGCAAUGAACACCUUAAUGUUGGAUGGGAAGUACUUGCACUUGAGGUGUGCUUGUCACAUUCUUAAUUUAAUUGUUAAGGAUGGUUUGAAGGAGCUUAGUGCCUCAAUUGAGGGUAUAAGAAAUUGUGUGAAGUUUAUUCACUCUUCUCCGGCGAGGUUGGAUAAGUUUAGAGAGUUUUCCAUUGCAUGUGCCAAUGGAUGUGCCUACAAGGUGGAAUGCAACCUAUAA